AUGCCUGAGCAAGUGAAGACCGCGCCCAAGAAGGGCUCAAAAAAAGCCGCGAGCAAGACUACUGCGAAAGGAGGAAAGAAACGUAGAAAGCCCAGGAAGGAGAGCUACGCUAUCUACGUGUACAAAGUGCUGAAGCAAGUGCAUCCUGACACUGGUAUCUCUUCCAAAGCCAUGGGCAUCAUGAACUCGUUUGUGAACGAUAUUUUUGAGCGUAUUGCUGGUGAGUCUUCCCGUUUGGCUCACUACAACAAGCGUUCUACCAUCAGCUCAAGGGAGAUCCAGACUGCAGUGCGUCUUCUGCUGCCCGGCGAGUUGGCCAAACACGCAGUGUCUGAGGGCACCAAGGCUGUCACGAAGUACACCAGCUCCAAGUAAACCUGUAAAAUGAUGUGUUACACAAAGGCUCUUUUAAGAGCCAC